AUGUGUUUUUACUGGAAGCGCGACGGCGACGACCUUGUCGUGGUCGGCGUGUAUGUCGACGAUCUUCUAGCGACAGGGACGAGCGCGGCGGCGGUCGAGCGGUUCUUUGCAAGCCUCGCGUCGUUGUCGAUCAAGGACCUGGGGCGUGUCAGCAAGUUCCUGGGAAUGCGCGUGACGCACAACGGUCAGAAUGGGUACACGCUCGAUCAGGAGGAGGCCAUAAGAGACCUCUUACGCGACAACGGACUCGCUGACGCCAACUCGACGUGGACGCCGAUCGACGACAGCUGCUACGAGUUGAAGGAGGGCGACGAGGAGCUUCUUGGGACGCCAAGCGCGAAAAUAGGACCGACUGUGCGCCAGUUUUAG